UAUAAAUAUUUGUUUACAUUGAAAUAAUACAAUAAUAUAUUAACUGAGACUUUGUAUAAGAUUGUUUUUUCUUCUUCUUCAAUUAUACAAAUAAAGCACGUGUAAGUGGAAUAACGGGAAUUAAAGGACUUAUUCAGUCAAAUAUGCCCGCUAUAAACUCUGUAUUCAUUAAGGUAUAUAACCAGAAACCCGUAUACAGACCCGGAGAUGAGCUUAAAGGUGAAUGGACCGUAGAUAUAGGAGAGCCGAUCAGUGUGAAAAACGUCAGUGUAUCCUUCCGCGGGGCUACACUCACCCGCUGGGCAAAUACCGAAUCAAAAGCAGACGACAAUAUUGGGUUUGAAGACAUCACCACGCAAGAAAAAAUUGUAUUUCCUACCAGUAACAGAACUGGAGAAACUGUGGAAUAUCCCGCAGGGAAAUAUGUUUACAAAUUUAGUUUCAAGGUUCCAACCGGCAUGCUUCCCUCUACAUACGAGGGGAAAUAUGGAGCAAUCAGAUAUUGGCUAGCGUUUGACAUAGAGAGACCAGUAUUGAGAUCACAUGUAAGACGAUUGAAAGUUAUAACAGUACUAGAUGAAAUAGACGUCAACAUUCCGGAAUAUUCUAAAUAUGUAGGAAGAAAAACAGAAAAAGUAGUGACUAAGGCGCUUGGGUUUGGCAAUCAAGGAGUCGUAACUCUGUUUGCACAAACGGACAGAGGGGCUUAUUGUUCUGGAGAGAAAAUCUAUAUCAAAU